AUGGGAGUCCCAGAGGGCGAGAAGCCUCAGGCAGCCAAACGCCAAGACUGGGUCAAGAGCACGAAGCGGCACGUUAUGAGGGAACUACACAGGGGACAUUUGGUCCGCGGCGGGUUCCAGCCACGCCUUCCGACUUCGCUGCCGCCCCCAGGGCAGCAGCAGCAGCCGUCGCCGCUACCACGCCGACAGCCCGUCCCGUUGAUGCCUCCCGCGCAGCUUCAUCCGGGAGCGCCCCAGGUGGUCGCUCCGGCGCCUGCGGUCCCUCUUCAGUCGCCACCGCCUUCGGAGCUGAUGGACGUCGACCCCUCAGCCGGGCCGCCUUCCCAAGCGGUGGCUGUGCAGCCUGUCCUGCAGCCGCUUUCCUUGGGCACCCCCAAGGAGUCUGAGACCGCAGCGCCUUGUCCGGCGCCCACUCAGCAGCCGUCGACGCAGCGUCAGGAGACGCUGCCUCUCUUCGUGGGUCCCGACGCCCCGUCGCGUCCAGUACCAGAAGCUGCGCCCGUGCUCACAGGCAGGCCGUGGCCCCUGCCGUCAUCCCCUGCGACCUCUGGGGCGCAUCCCGUAACGCCGUGGCGAUUGGCGCAGCGUACCAGUCGUCGCUGCCGAAUUGAGUCGGUGGCGGCGACUUCCUCGAAUCCAUUUAGAGGCGUCGGCGGCUGGCUCAAUCCCGGGGAGAGCAAACAGGCGGGCCUCCGCUCGCCGCCCCCGGCGCCCCCGCCAGUGUGCGCCACCCUUCCGCGCCGCUGGAGAUCAAUCGCCCCGCGGCGCCACACGCCGCCAAACGCCGCGGAGUUCUGCGCCGCCCCGCUACAUGUGCGCCAUCCGCCUUUGCCGCGGCUUCGGCUGCAGCUACAGACCUUGCUAGGAGUCGCCUCGCACACUGUACGCUUCGCCUCAACAGCUUCCAGCCGUUGGUCUCCUCUGUGGAUUCCUUUUGUUCACUUUGUCCAGCUAUCUUGUGCGAACUCGUAA